AUGCAAUUCAACACUGUCGUCACCCUUGCCAUUGCCCUGUUGGCCGUCGCUGCCCCCGCCGCCGUCGCCGCUCCUGCUGCGGACGCCGAAGCUAUCCAGUUCACCAACGACAGAAGACCUAAGGGCGUCCCCGGUAAAGGUGCUCUCGGCAUUUUGACCGACGGCACCAACCCGUUGUACUACUUGUUCAACCUUGCGUACAAGGCCGUCAAGGAAACCGGUGAAGGUGUGUUGAAGAUCGCCACCCUCGACCCCCUUGUGGAGUUGCCCGAACUCAGAAUCGAAAACUAG